AUGCUUAUGUGUGUAAUUUGUAGAUUAUUGGGUUUAUAUGCUUGAUCAUUCUGAUUUUCUAUAUAGUACUGCAACGUAUGUUUUUAUUUUUGGGUAGGAAACAGACUUAAACAAUGGUUUGUCUUGUGAGAUUUCCAUUCUGUUUUUGUGUUUCUGUUUCUAUUGUCAUUUCAUGGUCAUUUGGAUGCCUGGAGAAUCAUCUGAAGGAACAGUUGGCGUAUUGGUUAGUGGCAAUAGUCUGUUUUCUCUGAACAUUUAUGAUUGUUAGUCUGAACUUGUGGGGCCUGAUUUUUAGCUGCAAAUUUCUGGUUGGGGUUCAUGUUAUAUGAUUCUCUUGGUGGGUCUUUGAGGUUGUGUGUUUUGUGGUCUCUAACUUCUUCUUUUUUGUAAGCCAGAGCAAAGAUGUUUGCUUAAAACCUUUGAUUUUUGCAUUAUUUGCUUCUUAUGAUGUCAAUGACAGUGGCUAUAAGAGCUUGUGUUUUUUUGCUUCCCAUUUUGCUGUAGUUUAAGAAAAAGAAGGCAAUUAUAAUGGUUAUCCGUUUAGAGUAGUUGUUCCCCUGAAUGAACUGAAAUGGUGUAGAUGAUCUAUUCAAUUAGGUAGAGUCUUCUUCUUUGACGAACAACUUGGUCUUGUUGCUAUUUCCCCCUCUUUCUUUGUUUAGUUUCUUCAAGUAUUCCUCACAGAGGUGCUAGUUCUUUUCUUUAUUACCUGUAAGCAUUAUCAGUGUGAUAUCCCGUUUCUAAAUUAAAGGUUUAUUUUCUUUUACCUAUUUUUUUUAAUGAGGUGUUUUACCUUAUCUUUUUCUACUGUUCUUUAUUAGUCUGUUACCAUAAAUAAAAUCUUGUUUUGGAAAGGGAUAAGUUUGAGGAGAAGAGACGGUGGGGGAGAAAUUAAGAACAAGAAGAGAACAGGGGACGGAGGAGAAGGGGAAGAAAAGGAAAAGAAGAAAAAAAAAGAGGGGGAAGGAGAAAACGGCGAAAGGAAGAGAGAGAGUCCUUGUUCGCUGGGUUAAUUCCAGAAGAAGGAGAAUGAAGCUUUGCCAUUCGAUUAUGAAUGAGUGAGGAGUUGAUAUUUUCUGCAGAACACCCAAGGUAUUCGAUUGCUUACGAAUCUUUAAAUAAAAGGUUGUGGUUGUGGAUAUUUUCAAUGGAAGCACAGAGCUUGAAAGAGGACAAUCCUAAAUUGCAGAGCUUGGAAGAAGACCCUAAAUCAAAGGGCUUGGAAGAAGAAGAUACCAAAUCACAGGGCUUGAAAGAAGAAGGUUUUAAAUCACAAGAAGACCUUAAAUCACAGAGAGUGAAAGAAGAAGAGCAUAAAUCACAGAGAUUGAAAGGACAGGAAUGUAAAUCGCACAGCACGGUAGAAGAGCUUAAGUUAAACAGCUUGGAAGAAGAAGAGCCUAUACUGCAGAGCGUGAAAAAAGAAGAGCCUAAAUCACAGAGCUUGGAAGAAGAAGAAGAAGACCCGAAAUUGCAUAGCUUGAAAGAAGGACAAGAUAGCUUGGGACACCCUAGAUUCAAUGAAAAUGCAUUGCAAUUCCUUGAUUCAAUGGAUGGGUAUUUAACCCUCUUGGAUUCACUGUCAUGGACACUCCGGCAGGGAUGGUUGCAACUAGCGAGUGCGCGACAUUCAAUGGGUGGGUCGCGGGUGAGCAGUGCUGUGUUGGAUAUGAAGCCCCAUUCGGCUGCUACUUAUUUGCAAGUCAGCAAACAAUCCAAUCCAGAAGCAGGGUUAGGGGAAAUUCAUCAAUUUACAUUGCUGAAAUGGGCCUCCUCUGAUAAUGGAAAUGGGUCUCCGCGUGGAGAUGAUAGUCCGCAGCUAAGACAACGAAAGGACAAGGUUGGAGAUUCAGCUCCAGUUACAGCUGAGGAUGAUUAUGAACAUCAACUUCAGAAAGAGCGGUUUAAAUCACUCUCGGUGUUUGGCGCUUUAGUUUCCCCCAAGCUACGAGCGGCUCAGCUCUCAUUCGAAACUGCUCUCGAAGCACUUGUAGAGAUUGCUAAUAUGCGAUCGUUGAUGCUUUCCAAUUUUCACGAAGUCAGAAAAGAAAUGGAAUCAGCAAAUGGCAAACAAUGAAUGCUAUUGUCAUGGCAUGAUAGAUACAUCUAUAGCCAGAUCACUUGAGCGCCAUCUACUUUGUUUCUUGCUUUUGUUUCUGUUGUUGAUUUUGAAGUUUACUACAGUUCAUGUAUGUAGGAUUUGGCAGUAGAUAACUAAGAAUAGUUCUGUAAAUUUGUUUAUUUAUCCAGCUGAACCAUAACUUUUGAAUUCAAUGCUUAGAAUU